AUGAUGUCGGGCGUGCCGUAUAACACCUCUUCCCGCGGCAUUCAUGUAAUCGACAAAGAGGAUGACCCGCCUUGCAUAAUAUCUCAUUCAAACCACUACUUAGAUCUACAAAACCGCGCCGCUAACCUCUACCACAAUGGGGUUAGUCGUAUAAAUCGCUUCAUCCGCGAAGAUGUGUCACCAAUCAUUUCUCAAUCUGCUGAGGGAAGUGAUAAUAAUGGAAGAAACAAUUUUGGAAGAAAUCUAGCCGGAAUAAUUCUCGGCAUAACAAUCGCAUAUUUGGUCAUAGCCCUUAUCAUAACGGCCGCAGUGUCCGUAUUGGCGCCUAAAGAGCAUGUUGAUGCCACCUUAGACAAUAAGGCUAAAAAGACAAGCACUAAUGUCCAACCAACUAAGCCAAGUAGUAGAUAUAAACAAGUUUAUUUUAAAGAUAUAUUGGGCGUUGAUGAAGCCAAGAAGGAACUUGAGGAAGUUGUCAAGUUUAUUAGGGAGCCCGAAAAGUACAGGCAAAUUGGAGCUAGGAUUCCAAAAGGUGUAUUACUAGUGGGACCACCGGGGACAGGUAAAACCAUGCUGGCACGGGCUGUUGCGACAGAAUCCGGUAUACAAUUUAUAUUCACAUCUGGAAGUGAAUUUGUUGAGAUAUAUGUUGGUCAGGGGGCACGAAGGAUUAGGAAUCUAUUUGAACAUGCGAGGAAUAUCUCUCCAUGCAUUAUAUUCAUAGAUGAAAUAGAUGCAGUUGGUGCCAGGCGUGUUUCUACGUCUAAUAACCCAGGCAAUAGAGAACAUGACCAAACCCUCAACCAGUUGCUGGUUGAAUUAGACGGGUUUUCUCCUUCCUCGGGGAUAACUGUGAUAGCGGCCACUAAUAGAUUGGAUUAUCUAGACUCUGCACUACUGAGGCCUGGUAGAUUUGAUAGAAUUGUCCAUGUACCACUGCCAGAUAGGAAUGGGAGGGAAGCCAUUUUGUUCAUGUACCUUUCUAAAGUCGUGUGUGAUGAAAAUGUGUCUGUUUCCGAUAUGGCUUCGUUGACAUUUGGCUUUUCAGGAGCGGAUCUUGAGAAUUUGGUAAACGAGGCGGCAUUGUGUGCGGUGAGGAAUGGCCGCACCAAGGUUACCUCUGAAGAUAUGUUUGAGGCCCGGGAUAAAGUAAUGAUGGGACCAGCUAGACCUAGUUUACAACCUGAAGAACAACGACGAGUGACGGCUUAUCAUGAGGCUGGCCAUGCGAUAGUUGCAUUUGAACUCUACCCAUCGGCAGAUCCUAUUCAUAAAGCUACGAUCAUUUCCCGCGGUAAUGCUCUGGGAUUCGUUGAACAACUGCCCCCCGGUGAUCGUUAUGGCUACCACAGACACCAAAUGCUUGCUAGGCUUGCUGUAUGCAUGGGCGGCAGAGUGGCUGAGGAACUUGUGUUUGGAUACAACCACGUAAGCUCAGGGGCUAGUAGUGACAUAAGAGCUGCUACCGAACUGGCCCACCGUAUGGUCACCGAAUGGGGAAUGACCGAUGAAUUAGGUCCUGUUUGUUAUAAGAAUCAUGUGUCUGGCCGAGUACUCUCCCCAGAAACAACCGCCAAAGUUGAGGCUUUGGUUAAAAAAUUAGUCAAAGAUGGCCACCGGAAGGCUGAAGAAAUUUUGAGACGGAACAGGGACAAAUUAGAAAGGGUGGCUCGGGCAUUGUUGGAAAGGGAGACAUUGACUGGUGAUGAAAUCAAGGCUCUGUGUGAGUAG